AUGUCUGCUGCCCUCGUCGCCCGCUCUGCGUUCAACAGGAACGUCGCCUCCGCUCUGGCGCGCAGGUCGCUGCGGCCAAUGGCCCUCCAAGCCAGGGGCGCAGCCGACCACGCGUAUGUUCCCGGUGGCCCCAUCUACAGGGGCAGCGUGAACGACCCCACUCCUUUCCCUACUCCCUCCAAGACGCACGGCUCCUACCACUGGGCGUUCGAACGCCUUCUCUCCGCCGGCCUUGUCCCCCUCACUGUGGCUGCGUUUGCCACGAGCGGCACGGCCUACCCCAUCCUCGAUGGCCUGCUCGGCGUCAGCCUGGUCAUGCACAGUCACAUCGGCUUCGACUCCAUCGUCGUAGACUACCUCCACCCCCGCAAGUUCCCCCGCAUCGGCCCGCUCGCCACCUGGACGCUCCGGGCGACCACCGUCGCCGUGCUCGUCGGUGUCUACCAGUUCAACACGAACGACGUCGGCCUCACCGAGCUGAUCGUGAAGGCAUGGCACGCGUAG